AUGGAGAAAGAAAUCAAAAACAAAACCCCUCACUGUUUAGUAAUUCCAUACCCAACUCAAGGCCACAUAAACCCAAUGCUUCAAUUCUCAAAACGUUUACUCCAAAAAGGAAUAAAAAUCACACUAGUAAACACCAUUUCCACUUCCAAAACCAUCACAACCAAAAACCUCAACAAGUCCUUCGAAUACGAAACCAUCUCAGAUGGUUUCGACGACGGAGGACUUACUUCUGCAAAAGACAUCGACACUUACAUCGAUACCUUUCGUCGAACCGGAUCACAAACUCUCGAUCAACUUCUUCACAAGUUAACAACAACAAACAACCAUGUUGAUUGUGUUAUUCAUGAUGCUUUCUUGCCUUGGAUUGUUGAUGUUGCUAACAAGUUUCAACUACCUGUUGCGGUUUUCUUAACUCAAGCUUGCUCGGUUAAUAAUAUAAACUUUCAUGCUUUUAAGGGAUGGUUGGGUUUACCUUUGUUGGAGAAAGAGAUUGUGUUACCUGGAUUGCCUAAGCUCGAAGCUUCUGAUUUUCCGUCUUUUUUGUAUCGAUAUGGAACUCAUCCGGGAUAUUUUGAUCUUCUUACAAACCAGUUUUCAAUGAUUGAUCGAGUAGAUUGGGUUCUUGCCAACACUUUUUAUGAAUUGGAGCAAGAGGUAGUGGAAUGGUUGAUGAAGAUUUGGCCAUUAAAGACAAUAGGACCAUGUGUGCCAUCUAUGUUUUUAGAUAAAAGGCUCAAAGAUGACAAUGAAUAUGGUGGUAGCAUCUUUGCUAUAAAUUCUUGCAUCAAAUGGUUAGACACUAAACCAAAAGGUUCAGUUGUUUAUGUAUCAUUUGGAAGCAGGUCAAGUCUUAGUGAGGACCAAAUGAAUGAGCUAGCUUGUGGUUUGAAAAACUGCGGAAGAUAUUUCAUAUGGAUUGUUAGAGAAUCCGAAAAGGGUAAGCUUCGAGAGGGAUUUUCGGAGUCGUUAGAGAAAGGUUUAAUAGUGACAUGGUGUCAACAACUAGAGGUGUUGGAACAUGAAGCUGUUGGAUGUUUUGUGACACAUUGUGGUUGGAAUUCGAUAUUGGAAGCAUUGAGUUUAGGAGUUCCAGUUAUUGCUAUGCCGAUUUGGACGGAUCAAAUUACGAAUGCGAAGUUGGUUGUUGAUGUAUGGAAAGUUGGAGUCAAAGGUGUUGCGGAUGAGAAAGGGAUAGUUAGAAGUGAAAGAAUUGGAGAAUGUAUAAGGGAAAUGAUGGAGAGUGAGAAGGGAAAUGAAAUGAAGAAGAAUGCUAUGAAAUGGAUGAGUGUGGCUAGGAAUUGUGUUGAUGAGGGUGGAACUUCUGAUGAAAAUAUUGCAGAAUUUGUGAAUGAAUUGACUCUCAGAAGGAGAAAUUCUUCGUAA